AUGGCUCGCUUCGAAGACGAGCUGUCGAGCCGCUACAGUGGAGGAGGCUGUCCCGCAGCCCUUUGCCCGGGCCGAGGAGGGGCAGCAGGGGGCAGGCAGCCUGGUGGAGCGGCUCCCAGGAUAUACAAGCAGACCAUGGCUCAGCGGGCUCGGACCAUGGCCCUGUACAACCCCAUCCCGGUCAAACAGAGCUGCCUUACGGUCAAUCGCUCGCUCUUCAUCUUUAGCGAGGACAAUAUCAUACGCAAAUAUGCCAAAAAGAUCACAGAGUGGCCAUAUCCUUUGAACACAACGCUGAUAUAA